UGGUUCAUCAUAUAAAUUACAUAGUAUGAUUAUUCAAAUAUUCGUUUAUGAUUCGAUAACUAUUCGAAUAUUAAUCAAAUACUUAUUCAAAUCUUAUUUUAAAUUCGUUUCAUAUUCGGAUUCGGAUUCGUAUUUAAAAAAAUUAAACAAAUACAAAUUCAAAAGAAACUACUCUCGCAUAAGUCCACUGCCAUUAAACCCUCCCCUUUUCUGCUAAACUCUCAAACCGAUUAAAGCCUAAAACAACGGGAUGGACAUCGAUCUGAUCGAGAAGCUACCAGAACUCGAUGCAGUAGAUAAAAUCAAACUUGAUGGGGAAGAUGAUGAAAAACUACUUGAGGAAGCUGAGCAACUCUACGAACAUGGCCAGGCUUCUGUUUCGGUUGGGAUUAACAAUAGGUAUGGUUCCUUUGCUGCCCCUUUCAUUCUCUCCCUUUUUCCUCUUCGUCAGUGAAUGAACCAAGAAUCUGAUAAUUUGGGAGUAGAGUAGAUGAAAACAGAAUAUUUAUCUCUCUUCCAUGGUUGUUUUUUUCUCUCCAACUUUCAUUAAGCUGAUCUACAACUUUCCGUCUCUUUGUUGGAACUUGGAAGGGGCCAUUCACUUGGUCAACUUCCUCACAGCUCAGAUAUGGCUCCACGAGGCCACAAGUUAGAACAAUAAGUUAUCUUGCAAAUU